GGAGGCGUGGUAUUGAAGCCUAUCUGCAGGUUUGCAGAAGACUGGUUGGAUCUGAAGUACUGGAAAGAAACGCUCGGUUUAGAUACACAUCCUCACCCUAUCAGCAAAGAGGUGUCGGGUUGGUAACACCUACCACGUUCCCCAGUUAUCAUCAGGGGAUCAGUUGCUUUAAGUGGAACCUGCACCGACCAUCAACUUAACUCCAGCGUGGGUCACGAAUGAACAUGAGAUGCGGAUAGUUUUUCUUUCUACUAACACCAAGCUGUGAUGCCAUGCUAAAUGCGAACGUCUCAGGAUAUAAAAACUAUUUCUGAUUUAAAGGAUAUGGUUUGUCACUUCAACGGAUUACCCACAGCUCAUUGCUCUUAAACUGGAUGCACAAAAGGAAUUAAUACACACUUAUUGCUUCAUUGCGGGAUAAUCGCAUAGAUUCGAUUACAUCAACAAAAUCUUCAUAUGCUGAUGGCUCAGCGGUACGAAGACCUUGGUCACUACGGAGGGGGAAUGGAAGGAGUCGGGGUUCCGACAUCGAUAUAUGGUGAUCCACACGCGCCGCGGCCACUGCCGCAAAUUCACCACUUGAACCACGGCCCACCACCACAUGCCAACCAGCACUACGGAGCCCAUGCACCACACAGUAUCAUGCCCAGCAGCAUGGGCUCAGCUGUCAACGAUGCACUUAAACGAGACAAGGACCAAAUUUAUGGGCACCCGUUAUUUCCCCUCUUGGCGCUGGUUUUUGAGAAGUGUGAGCUUGCCACAUGCACACCAAGAGAGCCCGGUGUCGCUGGUGGAGAUGUGUGCUCAUCUGACUCUUUUAACGAAGACAUCGCUGUGUUUGCCAAACAGAUACGGGCAGAGAAGCCGUUAUUUUCUUCUAACCCAGAGUUGGACAAUUUGAUGAUACAGUCAAUACAAGUAUUACGAUUUCAUCUCUUGGAACUCGAAAAGGUGCACGAGCUUUGUGACAACUUUUGUCAUCGAUAUAUAAGCUGCUUAAAGGGGAAAAUGCCCAUAGACCUGGUAAUUGAUGAACGUGAUGGAUGCAAAUCAGACUUCGAUGACCUCUCAGGAUCCUCGACAAAUAUUGCAGAUCGCAAUCCAACAUCCUGGAGAGACAUGGACGACACUCACUCCACUCCUUCAGUUGGCACCCCAGGACCUUCAAGCGGGGGACAUGCUUCCCAGAGUGGAGAUAACAGCAGUGAACUUGGGGAUGGCUUGGAUAACAGUUUGGCAUCUCCAGGCACAGGGGAUGAGGAUGACCAGGACAAGAAGCGGCAGAAAAAAAGAGGAAUCUUCCCAAAAGUAGCAACCAAUAUCAUGCGGGCGUGGCUUUUCCAACAUCUCACGCACCCUUAUCCAUCUGAAGAGCAGAAGAAGCAACUAGCACAGGACACGGGACUUACAAUUUUACAAGUAAAUAACUGGUUUAUCAAUGCUCGAAGAAGAAUUGUGCAACCCAUGAUUGAUCAGUCUAACAGAGCAGUAAAUCAAGGAACCGCAUACAGCCCUGAUGGUCAACCUAUGGGUGGCUUUGUGUUAGACAGCCAACAGCACAUGGGUCUUCGGCCUGGUGGUCCCAUUGGAGGUAUGGGUAUGAACAUGGGCAUGGACGGACAAUGGCACUACAUGUAAACUCCGCCCUUAUUUGGAAAACAAACAUAAAACACAUACACACCUUCAAUCAGGGGCUCCAUCUUCAGCGCCUGUCUCUGACAGUCCACAAAUCAAGACGUAUUGCUCGCCGCAGGCGGCCUGGCAUGGAGAAUUUUAUUUAAUACCCACACUAUGCUGCCCAAUGAGCCCCUCCUUAAUGACACUUACCUUGAUUAAUAGAGCUCUUUAUAUGUAAAUAGGCACCACAUCCAGUUUUCCAUUGCGCCAACACAGCCCUUUACCCUCAAAUAACAACCUCAGCCUCUGCUGAUGAAGGAAGAGCAGAGGAGAGAUGAAACACCCCCCGACGAAACCACAGACACAUAGACAGAUCAUGAGUGAUACAUGCAGACUAAAUAAUUUCCAUACUAUUUAACCAUACCUUUUCUAUUGAAUGAUUGUUCUUUAUUGAGUCGUAACUGUAACUGCGUCAUUUAGAGGAUUGUUUCCCAUUUUUAAUUAUCUCUGCUUGUACUCCAUAAACUGGUGGAUCAUUAUCCAGAUCUGUUCUUCUGAAAUGUGUGAUGCUUUAAAGCAUCUGAGCCUAAUGUAAUAUUUAUUUAAACUGAGUGUAAGGAUGAAUUAAUUUCACACUAUCCAGUUUUUUUUCCAGUGUUCUUGGUAUUGAUAGUGGCCUCUGCCCCAGUCUCAAACAAUAGAAUGAGCAGCAAAUGAGUCCAUUUCACAUUCGUUCGGAUCGGAUAACGCCCUGUCACACACCAGCUACCAAUUAUUUCCUCUAUUUAUGGAACCUCUCAAACCUCAUCAAAGUGGUAUACCCAGCCAAAGGACUGCCCACAGGAGCACCAACAUAACAACGACAAACUUGAAGCAUUUUUGGAGGAGAGACUUCUUAAGACACUUGGGGAUCACAAUCUCUUCUUUUUUAAUUAUUUAUUUAUUUUUGUUACUGUCAAGAAGAAUGGGAACCACAGUUGUGCACUUUUGCUCAACAGAGUGGCUGCCUGAGGUGAAAAUAUUCCAUAUUUGCUCAUGCACAGGUGCACAAACUUGUAUUAAAUGUAUUUUUUUCCAAACACACAAGACUCUACUAAAAAGUGCUUAAAUUCAUCACAAACUCUAAAAUGUGAUGAUUUGUUUUCUUUUGGAAGAUGCUCUUUCUCUACGGAAAUGUUUUAUGUUUGGGUUUGUGUCAUUUACUAGUUUUAAGCCUCUAACAUUUAUAAUUCUACAUGAGUAAAAUGAAACAUUUACUCAAAUGCCUGUAACAAUGUGUAGUCUUCCUCAGGUAGUUGUUCUGAAAAGUAUCAUUAAGGAAAGUAGUUGCCAAGCUGUAUUUGUUAAAUUGGAGAGCAACAGUAUUCUUGUAAAGUUGUCUGGAAGACUUUUUGAACCACUAGAGCUAUUUAAUUGUACAUAAUUAUGUAAAUGUUAUUCGUAAAACCAACCAGUGAUCAUUUAAGAACGAAGAUAGGUUAUUGAUGUACAUUUUUGGUCUGGUUUCACUUUUGUUUUUUUCUAUGAAAAUGUCGACUAUUUGUUUGUUGAUUUUUUGCUAUGUUUGA